UUCGGACCGCCCCUUUGUCUUUUGAAUUUUUACCCAAAGGAUGGUAAAGUUAUUUUUACCACGGAAAAAUCGAUAGAGAAGAAAGUCCCAGCGCUCUGUAGUUUAGCUGACAGAAAACGGGGCGUGCAGAUUCAAGUUUGAGAGCUAUCUGGAGUCCCCAAAGGGUGCGGCCCCGUACCCCGCGAGUCCCGACGCUCCCAGGGUAGGUAAUGCGGAAGAACUGCGGAAAACUCGUGGCAUCUGGAGCGAGGAUCGAGGGAGAGGAUGGGUCUGCACUGAUAGCUGCAGAAGAAGGCCGUGUACUCUGUGAAACAAGAAGGGAGUUCCAGGGGCCCGGGAUUUAGCUCAGCGACGUAAGCUUCUGCCUGGUCGUGAGUUCGAUCCCCGGUACCAAAAAAAAAAAAAAAAAAAGUUACAAUGGCCGGCGCUGGAGAUCGGCUAUGAAAAAACUAGAGAAGGUCAGGAGGAAGAGAGAAGCCGUUUCCAUUGGGUGUUCCCGGGGGAAGGGGAAGGGUGGCUUCAGAUCGGAACAAGUCCUCUUUACAACGCGGAGCGUGUUUUUUCCGGGGACUGUAGUGGAAGGAGGGAAUUGGGAAGGGGCUGUGUAGAAUAACUGUAGGAGUCUCUACUGGGGAAAAGUACGGCAGUAGCAGCUGCUCUGGAAUAACUAGGGAAGGAGGCCAUUCUGAAAGUGAGGUUACCUGCUUGGUGAUGUGGGUGAGGGCGUGCUUUAUAUAUACUAAAAGGUUUUGAGGUGAAAGAAUUGAGGGGCUAGAUCGGCUGCUGAAUUCACUUGGGAAGGGAGGAGUCGACUCCGGAUAUGGAGAGUCCUUGCAGGAUAGGAGGAUGGUUCCCUGUUUGUACCCCAGGAAAACAUAGGUGAAGGGCCUGCCCGGUAGCUGAGGAGGAGGAGGUUUCAGUGUGAGCCCCGGGAGAGUGGGUGCAGAAGGCUCCUCGCGCCCAGGAACUGCCCCGUGCGCGCAGGCCGGACCAUGGGAACCCCAAAGCCACGGAUCUUGCCCUGGUUGAGGUCAAUGCUGGACCAGGGGCAGCUGGAGGGUGUGGCCUGGCUGGACGAGGGGCGCAAGCGCUUCCGCAUCCCUUGGAAGCAUGGCCUGAGGCAGGAUGCACAGGCGGAAGACUUCGGCAUCUUCAAGGCCUGGGCUGAGGCCAGCGGUGCUUACAUUCCCGGGAGGGAUAAGCCUGAUUUGCCAACCUGGAAGAGGAAUUUCCGAUCAGCCCUUAACCGGAAGGAAGUGUUGCGUUUAGCUGAGGACCGGAGCAAGGACCCUCACGAUCCUCAUAAGGUUUAUGAAUUUGUGGACUCAGAAGCCAGGGACUCUUCCCAGCUGGACACCUCACCGGAAACCAACGAGGGAGGCAGUACCUAUGACAACCAGGAAGACAUCUUGGAUGUGUUGAGUGACAUAGGAGUCUCACUCCCAGAUGACAGGGCCCAGGAGCAGUGCCCUCAGCAUUUAUUGAGCUACAAAUUGGACAACCCCAUGCCCUGUCCAAACCGAGGACCCUCUGAAAACCCACUGAAGCUGUUAUUGUUACCGGAGGAACAGUGGGAGUUUGAGGUGACUGCCUUCUACCGGGGCCAUCAGGUAUUCCAGCAGACCAUCUUCUGCCCAAAGGGCCUGCGGCUGGUGGGCUUAGAACCUGGGGACAGGACAUUGCCUGGACAGCCAAUAACACUGCCAGACCCUGAGGUGUCCUUGACAGACAAGCGGGUGACAGGCUAUGUGAGGCGUGUGCUGGGCAGCCUGGGUGGAGGCCUGGCUCUGUGGCGGGAAGGGCAGUGGCUCCGUGCACAGCGGCUGGGGCACUGUCAUGCAUACUGGGCCAUGGGCGAGGAGCUGCUCCCUGACUGUGAGCAUGGGCACAAAGGCGAGGUCCCCAAGGACGUGGACAGCAGUGUGUUCGACUUGAGGCCCUUCGUUGCAGAUCUGAUCGCCUUCAUAGGAGGAAGCAGACACUCACCACGUUACACCAUCUGGUUCUGUCUGGGGGAGUCAUGGCCUCACAACCAACAGUGGGUCAAGAGGCUCGUGAUGGUCAAGGUGGUUCCCACUUGCCUCAAAGCCCUGUUAAACAUAGCCCAGUCAGGGGGCGCCUCUUCCCUGGAGAAUACUGUGGACUUGCACAUUUCCAGCAGCCAGCCCUUUUCCCUCACCAACGAGCAGUACAGGGCAUGCCUGCAGGACCUGGUUGAGGACAUGGAUUUCUAGGCCACCUGGGAGGCCUGAACCCUGACGCUUUACUUGCAUCAAUAAAGCAGGCCCUGCUACACUUA